GGAAGAGCUUUUUUGAAUGUGUGGAAGCGAAAGUAUUUUGGAGUCGUCAGUUUUUUUCUUGGUUAACUGUGAACUUCUGGAUGUAGGGAGAGCCCGUCUCAGUCUUUGAGGCCGGUAAAGGUAGUCGACGCUGCGCGUGCCCUUUUCUGCCCGAGAACCAGACGGCGUCAGUUGCGGACCCGAAAAGGCUGAAGCCAGGCAUACAUAGGACAGUGUAGCCGCGGCCGGAUCUUCGGGCCGCUCCCUGAUGUACUAUGCUUUCUUGUGAUAUUUGUGGUGAAACAGUAACCUCAGAACCAGACAUGAAGGCUCACCUUCUAAUUGUUCACAUGGAAAAUGAAGUUACAUGUCCAUUUUGCAAGUUGUCAGGCGUGAAUUAUGAUGAAAUGUGUUUUCAUAUUGAAACUGCUCAUUUCGAACAGAAUGAACUAGAAAGAAGCUUUGCAAGGAUCAAUACAAUACAAUAUAGAACUUCAGAUAACAGGAAGGACAACACCUUACAAUGUAGAAUGGAAGUUAAUUCUAGUGUCCAUUCAGCUUGUGCAUCUAAUCAUCCAAAAAUUUCGGCUCAAAGCCUGCCUAAUGAUGGUACUUUAAAACAGAAAGCCUUUUAUUCAGAGAACUUAACUGAAUCUAGAAAGUUCCUCAAAAGUAAGGAGAAAGAGUGUGACCUAUCCAAAAUAAAGGGAUCAAUUUAUGAAACAAUGUACAGCCCUCCAGAGUGUCCCUUCUGCGGAAGAAUAGAAGAUUGUAGUCAAGAUAUGGAAAAUCAUGUGAAAACAAAACAUGCCAGUCUUUUAGACACUCCAUCAGAAGACCAUGAUCAGCCACUGUAUGACUGUCCUAUGUGUGGGCUCAUCUGUACAAACUACCAUAUUCUCCAGGAACAUGUUGACUUACAUUUGGAAGAAAGCAGCUUUGGACAAGGCAUCGAUAGAGUCCAGUGUUCUAGAGAUCUGGAAUUGGCUCACCAGCUUCAACAAGAAGAAGACAGAAAGAGGAGAUCUGAAGAAUCACAACAAGAAAUGGGAGAAUUUCAGAAGCUGCAGAGACAAUAUGGUUUAGAUAAUUCUGGAGGAUACAAACAACAGCAGCUACAUAAUAUGGAGAUAGAAGUCAAUAGGGGAAGAAUGCAUCCAUCUGAAUUUCAUAGAAGAAAAGCUGAUAUGAUGGAAUCACUAGCUAUUGGCAUUGAUGAUGGAAAAACAAAAACUUCUGGAAUUAUUGAAGCACUUUAUAGAUACUAUCAGAAUGCUGCCACAGAGGUGAGGCGUGUGUGGCUUUCUACAGACGUGGAUCACUUUCAUUCAUCUUUUGGUGACAGAGGUUGGGGUUGUGGUUACAGAAAUUUCCAAAUGCUACUUUCAUCAUUACUGCGAAAUGAUGCUUAUGAUGAUUGCUUGAAAGGUAUGUCAAUUCCUUGCAUUCCAAAAAUCCAGUCUAUGAUUGAAGAUGCGUGGAAGGAAGGUUUUGAUCCUCAGGGUGCCUCUCAACUUAAUAACAGGUUACAGGGAACAAAGGCCUGGAUCGGAGCAUGUGAAGUGUAUACACUUCUGACCUCCCUAAGGGUAAAGUGCCACAUUGUUGAUUUUCAUAAGUCAACUGGCCCUUUGGGUACACAUCCUCGUUUAUUUGAAUGGAUAUUGAACUAUUAUUCUUCAGAGAGAGAAGGGAGUCCAAAAGUAAUGUGUACAUCUAAACCACCUAUCUAUCUUCAGCAUCAAGGUCAUAGUCGAACAGUUGUUGGAAUUGAAGAAAGAAAAAACCGAACAUUAUGUUUACUAAUAUUUGAUCCUGGAUGUCCUUCUCGAGAAAUGCAGAAACUGUUAAAGCAAGACAUGGAGGCUAGUAAUCUCAAGCAACUUCGGAAAUUUGUAGGAAAUUUAAAACAUAAGCAAUACCAGAUAGUGGCAGUAGAGGGUGUUCUUUCUUCAGAGGAGAAAGUUGCCAGGAGACAAGCUUCUCAAGUCUUUACAGCCGAGAAGAUUCCUUGAAGAAAUUAAGCAUGUCAGUGAUUAUGGAAUUUUACAUUAUUUCCAAAUUGAGAUAUUAUACUCCCUAAUACAACUUAUGAAUCUGAAUUCUCUAAAUACUCAACUUGGAAUUUAAUUUCUAAAAUGUCUAAAUCAUACCUCGAGUACCUCAUUGUUUAGUAAUUAUUUCAAUAAACUAUUUUCUUUGCAGUA